UGAAAAACAUCAUCUAAACGAAUAGAUGUGUCAUUUAUGUGUUGGAAUAUACGGAGCCUUAUCGAAAAUGUAACUGACAUCGAUGACUUUAAUGGACAAACAAGCACACGUAUUAGACAAAACAAGAUGAAAAAUUGUUUAGUUUAAUCAGUUUGUGAUCUACAUUCAGUGCUAAGCUAGUGGAUCCGGCGCGCUCUGUUGUCAUUUAUUAGCAUCUCUGUGCUAGCUAACAACAUGAGCUCUUCACGGGAGAUUAAACAGCUGCAGAAAGCGAAGAGUAAAGCUCAAAACAGCAACAACCUCAGAGAGGAAGCGAGUCUAUGUAAUCAGCUGGGAGAGCUACUGGCUAGAAAUGGUGACUACAAAGCUGCUAUUAAUGAGCACCAGCAGGAACUGGCUCUGUCAGAGGUUCUCAAUGAUGUGAUUGGACGAGCAGUGGCCAGUCGAAAGAUAGGAGAGUGCUACGCAGAGAUGGGAAACACUGAGGCAGCUUUAAAACACCAGCGACGUCACCUGGACCUGGCUCGGUCUGUGAGGGACCAUGCAGAGGAGCAGAGGGCGCUCGCUACGAUUGGUCGAACUUACCUUUUCUGUUACGAAUCAGACCAAUCAAGGACCAGUUUAGAACAAGCGGAGGAGGCCUUCAAGAAGAGCCUGGCAAUAGUGAACGACCGUCUUCAAGGGACUGUGCCCGAUCGAGAGAUUUGUGAGAUGAAGGCACGUCUGUUCCUCAAUCUCGGUUUGGUUUGUGAUCAUCUUGGAGAGCCCAAACGCUGCAGUGAAUUUAUUCGACGCAGUGUCUUCAUUGCAGAGCAGAGCCAGCUACUGGAGGAUCUUUAUCGAGCCAACUUCAACCUUGGCAAUAUCUACUUCCGAAUUGGGCAACAAUCUAAUGCUGUGCGCUGCCUUGAACAGGCCAAAGAGUGUGCCAGGAAGAUAAAAGACAAGUUCAGUGAGAGCGAGUGUUUCCACUGCAUCGGCAAGGUGCAGCUUUCUCUGGGUGAUUUUGUAGCAGCCAGAAAAUCUCUGAAGAAAGCUCUGCAGCUCGGUUCCCAGCAGCCGAUGGACCGGCAGGCGGUGAAGAAAGUUUUCAAAUAUGCGGACCAGGGCUGUAGAUUGGAAGAAGAGCUCGGGGAGGAUCAGGACAAUAAGCUUAGCUCCCGUCGGUCUGUGGAAGUGGCCGAACAGCUCGGGGACCUGUACUGUAAAGUCGGCUGCUACAGCAAAGCUUUGGAUGCUUAUCAAGCUCAGUUAAAAGGUGCUGAGGCAAUAGGGAAGCCUGCGAGGGAGCUGGCUGUCAUCCACGUGUCUCUGGCUGCGACAUACACAGACCUGAAACAGCACAGCAGGGCAGUGGAACACUACCGACAGGAGCUGGCAUUACGAACCGGCAACCCGGCGGAGGAAUGUAGCACAUGGUUGAACAUCGCAGCAGCUCAGGAGGAGAGCGGCUGUGACCUAAAGGAAAUAGACACCAGUUAUAGAACAGCUUCACUCUGCGCUCAGAAAGAUGGACAGGCUGGACUACAGAAACGUGUAUUGAGGCGAUGGCUGGCGUCCCAGAGGCGAAGCGGCUCAUCGAAUGCUGAUGACACAGAGGUGAAGCUGCAGGAGCUGUGCACCACAAAGGGCUGGAGUCCAGAUGGAAGCGAUGGUGAAGAGGAGGAAGAGGAGGAGAUGGAGAACAGCGAGCCUCUGGAUGACAGUGAUGUUAUCCUCUCAGACUCGGACGAUGAUCUGGAGGGUUAUGACAAGAUGGUGUCAGGAAGGAGGAAGGCAGGAAGGUGGAACAAGCGGAAUGAAAAGGGUGAGACGUCUCUCCAUAGAGCCUGUAUCGACGGAAACUUAAAACAGGUUCAAUAUCUGGUGGAGCAGGGACACCCAGUGAACCCCAGGGACUACUGUGGCUGGACUCCACUGCAUGAGGCCUGCAACCAUGGUCACUAUGAUAUUGUAGCUCUGCUGCUGGAGCGAGGUGCUAACAUCAAUGACCCCGGUGGUCCCUUAUGUGAAGGGGUCACUCCUCUACACGAUGCCCUCACCUGUGGAAACUUUAAAGUGGCCAGACUCCUGGUAGAGCGAGGGGCAUCUGUCAUUCUACGCAACUCUAAGGGUGACACAGCCAUGGAUGCCUUACGCCAGUGGCAGAAGACUUACAGCAAAGAGCUGGACCAGGACACCAGGCAGGAGUGCUCAGCAACCGAGAGACUACUGAGGAAGGCGCUAGCAGGAGGAGUGCCGUCUGCUCCGGCCCCAGCCAAACCUUUCGAUGCCCUGCAGGACAGCCAGCUGUUUGAUGCAGAGAACUCUGAGCCACUGGAGUCGGCCUCUGGAGGGGGCUGUUCCUCCAGCCAAGACUGGUCUCGAAGCAACAGGAACUCAGAGGUGAACGUACCUGGCAGCCCGCAGCGGUGGCAGAGCAACGGCUCAACACGGCGGCACAGAGCCAGAGGAACAGAGGCUGCUCUUCUGUACGGGACAGUCGUCAGCAGUUCUUCAGACGACAGUGAGUCCGACUGCCCGGUCAGUCCACUCCGUCCCGUUCGCCAAAGAAAUAGUUUCCCAGCUGCCCCAAGUCACAAAGAAGCACCCACAAGCAAGGAAGGCAACUCCAUCCCAAACUCUGGUCGAGAAAGCGUCAGGGAGGCCCCCCCUCCAUCUGUCUUCGCACGAGAGGAGUACCACAGUGCGAUACGAGGCUUAGGCAGCGCAAAGACCCUCCGUCAGGGUCCGUCUCAGCCUCAGUUCUCCAGCACACCUGCAGCUUCCAGCAGCAGCAAAUCAGCUCUGGUUCCUGAGGAGGAGUAUCUGGCAGAUGAUUGGCUGGAGGACGACUUGGGGGAAAUUCAGCCAAAGAAGAAGAGGAGGAUUCAAGGGGAGCAGAAUGGGACGAGAGGGGAGGACACGGCCUCGUCUUUAGCAUCCAGAGGUCAAACCAGGAACAUGCAUUCAGAGACGGCGUACAGAGGUUCUGCUUUUUCGUCAUCCUCCAGCAGGAGUCUCUCUCUGAAAAAGAAUAGCUCCCUGAAGCCUCAUCAGGUCAAAAUGACUCAGAUGCCAGGAAUGGUCAGACUGGGCCGACGAGAGGUCAACAGGUCACACAGUCCCACUGUUACCGACGAUGAUGACAUGAGGGCUGAAACACCUCCACCUCCUCUGCUGAUGCACUCACAGCCACCAGCUCACACAGUAGCCGCCCCAUUGCUGACAUCACUGCCUCCACCAAUCAGAAUGAGGGUCAGAGUUCAGGAAGAUGUGUUCCUCAUCCCAGUUCCACAAAGUGAAGCCGACUCGUGCACCGUAUCGUGGCUGUGUGAGCAGGCAGCUCAGCGAUAUUAUCAGAAAUGCGGUCUCCUGCCUCACCUUCAGCUGCAGAAAGAAGGAGCUCUGCUUUCGCCGCAGGACCUGUUACUUGCUGUUCUUCACACCAACGAAGAGGUUCUGGCUGAAGUUUGCUCGUGGGAUCUUCCUCCUCUUCCUGAACGCUACAAAAAGGCCUGUCAGAGUCUGGCAGUGGAUGAGAACAAGCGUGUGACCAGGCUCUGUGAGGUGCAGGAUGGGAGUUCGUCAGUGUCAGUGUGCGGCCUCAGCUUGGCCCCCUCCUCCCUCAACCCCCUCCUCCGAGCCCUGAAACUCCAAGCCAGCCUCACAGAGUUACGCAUUUCUGGCAACCGGCUCCAUGACAACCUUCUGCCCGAUCUGAUUGCCACGACGAUCACCAUGCCCAGACUUCGGCUGCUAGACAUUUCUGCCAAUCACAUCACAGGGGAAGGGCUGGAGAAAGCAGUGAACGCUUUAAAGGGGAUGAGCCAUCCUGCAUUUCCGUGCCUGGAGGAGCUUAACCUCAGCAUGAACCUGCUGGGCGACGGCAUUUCUGAGUCACUGUCCUGUCUGCUGUCCUGUUGUCCCCUGCUGGCCAAGCUGUCUAUGCAGGCCUGUGGUCUCACUGCCCGUUUCCUGCAGCAGCACAGACUACUGCUGGCCAGCGCUCUGACAGGCACAGGUCACCUGAAGUCUGUGUGUCUAUCCCACAAUGCACUGGGCUCCACCGGCUUCGAGCUGGUGUUGAAGACUCUGCCUCUCCACAGCCUCACACACCUGGACCUGUCUGCUGUCCGCAGAGGCCCGUCUGACCAGCCUGCACUGGAACACCUGGCCAAAGGCCUGUCACAGGAUGAAUGUUCACUGACACACUUCAGCCUUUCAGCAAACGGGUUAACAGACAACAGCGUAGCCACUUUGGCCAGGUGUUUGCCUUCAUGUCCGACUCUGGUGAAUCUGGACCUUUCGGGAAACCCCUCCAUUACUUCAUCAGGACUUCACAGUAUCCUGACGUCUCUCAGAGAAGCUCAUCGAUCACUGGGUCUUUUAAACCUUCAAGGUUGUCAGGUGUCGGGCCCCUGGGACGGUGCAGGUCUGGACGGUCUGACGGAGCUGGUCAGGGAUCUGCGGCUUUGCUCUCAGGUACUCAACAAACUGGACAGACGGGCUUUAAAGCAGAGCUGGGACGACGACGGUCGAUCACACGGACACUUUGUCGACCGAAACGCCAAGUUCCUCCUCACAGUCGGUUCCUAUGAAGAGACAGUGAAGGAAUGAAUUUAGACCCAUGUGGAGUCAGUGGCUGUGAACAUUUUACAAGGUUGUAAACAUAUUUAAUGGAUGCUAGUCUAUAUUAAAAUUAUGUUCAGUUAAUAGUACACACUAAAGAAUAGCCAGAUUUGGUCUUUGUCUAUGUACUUUGUGUAAGUCUGAUAUAUAUGUGUGUGUGUGUGUGUGUGUGUUAUGUUGCUUGAAAUGUUAUGUCAGGAAACUCUUACUCGUGCAAAAUAAAUUUUUACUCUCAGUGAGAUUCUCCUGGUAAAACAAAGAUUGAUCAAAAAAUAAAAAUAAAAUUUGACUCAAAAGCAGCUGCCUCA